AUGUCUGACAUGAAUGCAGUUCCCGACAUCCUGUGUGGACUCCGGGUUUGCCACUUUCUGAAACAUGCGCCGUGGCUCUGGUGGCGACGGGAAUUAUGGAAGCUGCACUACCUCGCGGAACCGGUGGACACCUUGGAUGAGUUCUGGUCCCAUAGCUGGCGCUUGUCGGCAUGGACCAAAUACGUGAAUGUGCUCUUUCUCAAACAUACCCUACCAGCAUGUUUGAUGAGUCUGCUAUUUGCCGCGGUCGCCUAUGUUCUCUUCCUCAUGGGACUUCUGCCCGAGUGGACCCAAGGUCCCUAUCCUUGCAGCUGGUGUUCCUUCUCCGCAGCAGGGGCCUAUGUCUUGACCAUGCUCUUCUGCCGUCGACAUGCACGUGUGUUCCUGGACGUCGCUUGCAUCAAGCAGGAUGACCCUGUCUUGAAGGCUCAGGGUCUUCUGAGCCUGGGUGCAUGGUUGAAGAGAUCGAAAUCCUUACUGGUUCUCUGGGAUCCGUCUUUCACUUUGCGCCUGUGGUGUGCCUUUGAAUUCGGCGCCUUCCUUUACAGCCACCCCAAAGACGCCAAGCUGACGGUUGUCCCACCUCUUCAGGGUGCCAUCUGCCUCGGCUCUCAGCUCACAGUGGCUGCAGCAUUGGCUUUAUCGCACAUGGGGAAGGACCUCGAGAUGCUAAAGAAUGUUAUCUUGGCUGUGGUCUUCUUUCCAUGCGCGAUCCUGCUGACACAUGGGCUUCGUGCAUAUUGGCGCAGCAUCGAGGUGAUGAAGCAUCAAGCCGCAGUCUUCUCUUUUGAGAAGGCCCAAUGUGACUGCUGUGAACGGGGUCGUCACGAAGGAGGCCUAUGUGACAAAGACAUCAUUGGAAAGUGUGUCAUCGCAUGGUUCGGAUCCAUUGAAAGCUUCGAAAAUCGAGUGCGAAUGGAGAUGCAGGUGGCUUUGGCGUACCAGCUUGCACAUGCAGCCUUUUCAUAUCACCGCAUGGUCGCGGCAAUGAUUCCUUGGUUGUGGUUACAGAUGGAUCUGAGCGCCAGUCAUGAUGGAGAGUGGACCAUGUGGACACGCUGGGUUGAGCUUAGCAGAGCAGUCACAAUUAUGUUCGGAAUCUAUCCUUGUACGAUGAAGCUCCUAUGCCACACUACUUUCCUCCUGCGGGCCAAGUAUUGCAGGACGUAUGUUGACCUGCUGUUGUCAGCCGUUGCUGCGGCCUCUCACCUGUAUGCUGCGACUUGGUUAAUCACCUUGGAGGAGUAUAUUGUGUGGUUUCUUGUCGACCAUUCACAUGGACCAGUUUAUGGAGCUGUAAUUUCCUGGUUUAUGUGGAGCAUUGUGACUCUGCUAUUAUGGAAGUGUUUACCGGUUCUUCACUGUAUGUCGCGGGUGCAGCACCAGCCGGUGCCUGUGAGAUGCGUUCCUGAUUGCUGA